CUUAAGCAAAUGGAAUUGAUGAAUUCAUCAUGUGUCAAGAUUUUUAAACCUUUUUGUUUUAUUCAUCAUUUUAGGGAGAAUAAAACCCUGAGAUGUCAACUAGAACAAAUGUUGCAGAAAAUAUCUCCCUGGGAACAAACAGAAGAAAAACUAAAAUCUUUCAGACUGGAACUGGAAAAAAAGACCUCUGCGCUAGACAUUGUUCAGCAGUCUCAGCUGGAAUAUAUCGGAGUGAAGAAAGAGUGCAAAAAGUGUGAUAUAGUAAAAAAGAAAACAUCAGGCAAAAUUAAAGAAAUCUGAAGAGUUUGCAUCAAAGCAUAUCAAACGUGUUAAAAAGUUGCAACAAGAGAAGAGAAUCAUUGAGAGGGAACUAAAGAAAAUGCAGAAAAAACUUGGUGAUGUCCAGAAUAAAACCAUGAAAGAUGCACAUACCCAAGUUGCAAAAGAUCAACCAAUUGCGAAGUUAGAUAAAAAAAAAAUCAGAAUUUUGCUGGAAGAACUUUGGGAUUGCAUAGAGUCCUCGGCUGAAAACAGUGAUGGAGAUAAACUACUGCUAGAAACCAGUUUAAGAGAUGGAAAGCACUGCCAGAGCCCUGAUGAUCGCACACCACCUGCUAGACACCUUAAUACAUCAGCAUCAAGUUGCAAGCUUGAAACGUUCUCCGAAUCUGCUAUUGUAAAUACAUCAAAUGAUUCUGCUAACUGUGAAAAAUCACAUGAAAAUAAAGGAGACCAGCCAUUCUACACAGAGACGUCAGUAAAAGAUGUGUUUGUACUUCAAGAUUUAAAUGACAGCCACUUAAAAAUUUCUGAUCAUGCAUGUGAUAUGGAAGAACUUUCACAAAUAAUGUACUGGGCAAAACCUCUGCCACAGCUUUUAUCUCCUUUACAGUUUUCUCCAUUAACCACAAAGUGUGUGUUUGGAGAAUUUACAGAUUCAAGUGAUAAUGAGGGCACCUAUGGGCAAAAUAAAGCAAAAGAUUGUACAACGCUGGAAAGGAAACCAAAUUGUGAUCAAGACCAGACCAAUUUUUUACCAUGUCCAGAAACAGGAAGUGUAACAGAGAAUUGUAAACAAAAUGUUGAGUUUGGAAAAAAUGUGCAAAGUGACAGCAUAUCCACAGUUAAAUUUCAGUCUGAAUUUCCUUCUAAUUAUAAGGAUGAUCUCACUACAGAAAUGGAAACCGACGAAAAAGAUAUAGAAAUGUCUUCAAUGCAGAUUGAAGUCAGCUUUGGUGUUGCCAGUAACACAUUGACAACAAAUGUUUUAGCAGAACAAAAUCCAAAAGAAAAGGAUAACACUUUGUAUCCUGCUGUCAACAGAGCAAAUCGCUUUGAAAAAUCUUCAGCAUGGUAUGGAAACCAGAACGGUCCAGUAAGAAAAUUAAGCAGCAUUAAUAAUCCUGAAGUUGAAUUACUACAGCAAAGCUCUACUGGUACAAUUGGUGACAUGCCCAUCGCGAUGGAGCACCCAAUUGGUGGGGAUUUUUCAGGAAGAUUGGUAAUUGAAAACAUGCAUUGUUCUAAAGAAGAUGGUUCCAUUUCUACAAGUUGUAAUAUGCCUGUCCAUCACAACCAAUCUGCAAAUGCUAGUGGAAUGUUAUUUUCUAAAGAUUCUCCUUUGCAUAACUGUAAUCUUGAUGAAAUUAGUUCUGACAAACACAAAUCUAUAAAAUCUUUCCAAGAGUAUAGUAUAACUAUUGCUGCAGAAAACCAUGUUCCCAACAAUAUAACCAGUGCUGAAGAGAAUCCUGUUAACGACAAUUUAGGUGCAGAAAAGUAUAUGGAUGAUUCUAAUUUUACCAUGAUAGACAGAGAUCAAGAUAAUUUACUCUUAUCUGCUCAACCUGAACUAUGUUCAAAUGAAUUUAAUCAUCAGUAUAAUAAUGAUUCCAAAAACUUUGAAGACUCCAAACAAUCAAUAGGUUGUUUUGAAGAUACUGGAAAAUCUAAUAAUGGCACUUCAGUGAAUGGUAAAACGUAUUUUGCUGCUGAAACAGUGCAACCUUCUCUUAAUGAACUUAAAGAACAAUUAGGGCAUUCAAUCAGUACACCUGUUGUACAGUUUGAAGAUACCAAGUUGACAAACCAGUAUUAUACUGACAAAAUGGAUAAAAAUGACCCAAAACACAUUCAGGAAUUACAAAAAGCAACUAUUUCACUGGAGCAGAUGUUGCCUUUGAGAAGAAAUGCCAAGGGUGGGCAUUGUUACAAAGCAACCCACAAUGAACUAGGUUAUGGCAUGCAAGAUUCCUUAGAGAUCAUGCCAGUCUCAACAUCCUUUAAUUCGGACUCUAGUACAGUAGACACAGAAAAUUUUUUGUCUGAAACUGUUGCUGGCAGGGAUAGCAAAUGCCUUUUCAUGGAAAAAUUGGAAGAUGAAAGUAAAGAAAAGAUACAUAGUAGUCUGCAGACUUAUACAGUCAAAACUAAAGAAUCCACACAUGAUGCAGAUGAAUCCGAUAGUGCAAGCACAUGCCAUGUUGUAACUGAGCAGUGUAAAAUAAGUUCACUAGAAACUGUUCAGCUAUGUUCCUCUAGUUCAAAUUUGUAUACACUGGUCUCUUCUAUAGAGCAAAAAGCAGCUGUGGCAGAUACACAACCAGUUAUAGCAACCCAGCUCGAUACCUGUUCUCAAAGUCAAGCUGUUGAUGACCAAUUAUGCUCUGCAAGGCACAGUGAAUCUCACUCAACUAGUUUACUGCACAACACACUUUCUUCAAAUUUUGAUACUACUAACGCUGAUGGGUACCUAAAUGGGCUAGAAGAAAACAGAUUUUGACUGCAAAAGCUAUGCCUCAGCUGUGUGAUCAACAAUUUAUUAAAUUGCCAGUGGACCUAGUACCUGAAAGCAGAGAUCGGCUUGAUAUCAUAAAUAAAGAUCUUUGUAAAGGAAUAACUCCAAAAAAGGAUAUUUGUACUGAACAGGACUCCGCUUUGGAAAAAAUGAACACUGUUUAUUCUUCGCAGUCUAGCAAUGACAACCUCACUAUGAAGUUUAAUUCUUCUAAAGAAAUGGCUGUUUUACCUCUAGAAGUCCAGCAACAUUUUGAUUUCUGUUCAGAGUCAAUUAAGGUAUUAAAUAAAGUUACUGAAGAAAAAGAUGCAAAUGAAGAUGAAUGUAUUGUUUCCUUGGAUAGCAGUGAAGAAGAUAAUUUUCUCAUACGUAAAGUCAGCUACGCAAAAGCUGUCUCCAACAACCCUGUGAAUGCAAAGAAAUAUAGUAAGAGUGCUUCAGAAAGUUUUGAGGAGAAGGUUUGUAAUGUACAUUUGGAAUCAAAUAACUCUGCAUGUCAGCCUAUGAUUACUCAAUUGGCUGACAGGGAGUGUGCAGGUGACUUAUCUACAUGUGUUACUUCUGAAUAUGACUCUCUUUCCUCAAAAACUGAAAAUAGCAUCUUGGUGAAACAGAAAUCUUUAGCUACAGUUGACAUAAUUGUAGAUCCAGAAAAUGACCAAAAUAAUAGUAAAUAUAAUGGGGAUCAAUACUCUGGUGAAAAGGAAACCACUACUUUAGAAGAAUGUGAAAAACAGAAGGGAAAAUUGGAAUCUGAAAAUAUUCAAUAUGACAAUAAUAACACUGGGCAAAAUUGUUUUAAUACUAUAGAGAAUGAGGGCAAAAAAAAAAAAAAACACUUCCAGGUAGGAAUUUCAUAUGGAAUUUUGAAAGACCUAAAGAUUCAGUCGAUACUAGAGUUAUUUCUGGUAAACAUAAACUGAGAACAAAUCUAAAAAUGCUACAUGUUGGUUCAAAGGACUCAUUUCAUGGGACUGCUUUUAACAUAGAGAAAAGGACAAAAGGCAACAGGUCUCACAAGGUAAAAUCUACAAAUAUUGUUUGUCAAGCUGUAACUAAAGAAAGCAAUCAGCGAAAGCUUUCUCGAGGUGACCAAAGUUUACCGCAUAUACAUGUGGGAGAAACUGUGCUUGCAAAUGCUGAUACUUCAACCAACUCAGAUCAUUCACCAGAAACCAUUACUAAAGUAAGAUCAGAAAUGGGUCCCCCAUUGCCUCCUUUGCUAGGUCCUCUGUUGGCAACUCCUCCGAAAAGUAUACACUCUCUGUCACCUAUUCUAUCAUCUUCAAGUUGUUCAUCUUUACCAUCUCCUCUUGAUGACAUGAUUUCUCCUUUGCCAGGCACUCCAUUCCCACAACUAGUGUCUCCUUUAUCUGAUGGGAGCAGGCAAAAAAUCCCCAGUGCUUAUCACCCCUUCACCUGCUGAGAAAGCAAACAGAAGAAUUUUGUCUUCUCCUUUGCAGUUCUGUGCUGCCACACCAAAACAUGCUCUCCCUGUGCCAGGAAGAUUUCCUCUUUCUGCAUCUGGUAGCUCUUCAACCAGUGUUCAAGAAAAUUCUGUAAAAAUUCUAGAUAAAAUGUACCCAGAAUUAUCUGCACGAGCAAGAACAUUAAAUAUCCUAAAAGGUAAUGUUCAGCUAAACCGAAGUUUGCCUAGAGAUGUUAAAAAUAUGUCUGUCAGCCAAAUAACUGGGUUUAAAUCUAUUACAUCCACUUCUACAGUAUUUAUAAAAACUGGGGGCAGUUCAAAUGUUGACAGUAGUAAAGACAAAUUGAACAGUUCUGAGAAUCAACAGCAACCCAGCUGCAUUGGUUCCCCAAGUAAACAAAUUACUGAUGCCUUCCAUAUGCCUAGAAGUGCCAAAAGGCUUCGACUAGACACAGAGUCUCCAGUUAUAGAAACUAUGAAAAACUGUUCCACAGCACCUACAAAAAAUGAAAAAAAAUGAUACAGAAAUGCAGAAAUGUCAAGACUCUUGCUACAAUAUUGGUUAUUGUGAGCUGCUUCCAGAUGUUGUGAAAGACGGCAGUAUUGAUGAAGAUAUUAUAACGAAGGCUCUUAAAAAAAUUGAGGACUUGUGUUUUGAUCUUCUACCAGUACUUAGAAGCCAUUUUCAUGUGGGAGGCAUUCCCAAAAUUCCUGUAAUGAGAAAUGAGGAAAAAGAAGUAAUUUAUGAAUUCAGCACCUCUAAAAAAAGUUUAGCAGGCCGUUUUCUGGAAGUUGUUUUAAAAAAAAUAAAAACUGGGAAGAGAUCCAUAGCACCAGCAUAUCUCCAGGCCCUUUGUAGGGUUUUAUGUGGGAUUGUGUCGUCAGAUUGGAGAUAUUGAAAGAGCACGGAUUCUUUGUUAUAGCAUACUUAAAGAAGAUUUUCCAGACCCUGCCAAACUGCUACUGUUCAUUGUGAGCUCAUGGAAUGAUAUCUUUUCUACACAUGGAGUUGUCAGUAAAGCAAUACAGGCUGUAUUGAAGAACUUGGCAAAGAAUGAUGUUGGAUCUUGUCUGAGUGCCUACCUUAACUGGGAAAAGGUCCAACCCAUGAAUGUAACUGUACUUCUGACCAGUGUUUUAAUGGCAGUUCAGCUUUGUCCUGAUGGGAAGUUUCAGCAGAGUAAGAAAUAUGGAGAAGAUUUAACAGACAGCAUUUGGGAAUAUGUCUUUGCAGUUGAUUUGCUUUGCAGUCACCGUAAAUGGGUUUGGACACAUGAUAAGAUCAUAAGGUAACAGUGCAUUUAAAUAAUUUUCUUUUGAAAAGUGUACAAUUUACUUCAGCCUCACUUUUAGAUCAGAGAUAAUGAAACCUAAAACGUAUCUAGAAACAAACCUGUAAUAUAUUGCAGCUUACCAGAUGAUGUG